AUGAUGUUAAGAAUGUUAUUGUAUUACAUAGAAGAAUUCCAUUUAAAACUUGGCAAAAGAGUUGAAGGUCCUAUAAGCAUUGAUGGAGAAGAGAAGAAGGCCAAAAUAAUAGCAACCAUGAAUGUAGUAGACAAUUUUCCAGAAGGAGUUUGCCUUCAGGCUACAGAGGAUGCUACCAAAUGGAAUGAAUGCAUUGCCCCUGAGGCGUUUGCGUCAAUGCAUGAGGGAAUUUUCUCCGAUGAAAACAGGGUGAGACUCAAUUUGCCUCCUGUUAGUGAUGAAUUAAAAAGCUCUCGGAAAUAA